AUGCAGCACACACGCGCCGUGCUGCCCAGGCAGAGCCUGCUGCAGGGUCCUACCUUUCGCCGCACCUCUGCGUCACGCCAGGCCUUGAAUAUUCUGUUCAAGGGCGUGCGUCCCGUCCUUGCGUCCUCCCUGCCCUCCGGCCCGCCUCGGAUCGGCGUUGCCCAGCGACAGCACAGGCUCCUGGUGCCCAGGCGCCUCAGAGCCCUGGAGGGCGAAUCUGCCGAAGACCAGUCCGCAGUCCAGGCGGGGGAGCGAGGUGAUGGGACUUUGGAUGAGCCCGCCGAGACAGUAGACGUGUCUGCCACGAGCGCGGCCGCUGCUGAGGCGGUGACGGAUGUAGACGCCGGCGCCUCCCGCGUCACCUCUGACCCCAGUGCCUCCAGCAUUGCCUCCUCUGCCGCCUCGCCGAGCGUCGCCUCUGAUCCCGGCGCAGUGGCCUCCACCACCUCCUCCCCCACGGCGGCCUCCGCUCCCACCGACACCGCGGGCGCCGACCCCGCCCCGGCACCCAGCCGGCACCCGGCGGUCAUGCUCGCGGCGGCGCUGGCGGCGGGCGUGUCGGAGCUGACGCGGCUCACGCUCCUGGUCCCCCUGCGCUGGCUGCUGCUGUCCGCGGUGCGCUGGGUGCUGGCCCGCACCGGCCUGCUGGCCCUGAAUGCGCGGCGCGAGUUCCGGCUGCUGGAGGUGGCCAACGCCGCGGGGCGGCUGGACGGGCGCCAGGUGGCAGCGGUCAUGGCCCACGUCUCGCGCCAGCAGCCCGAGGUCACCGUGGAGUGGUUUGAGCGCGCCUGCCUCGGCCAAGGGGCCGGCGGCGGCAGCGGUGGCGGCGGCAGCGCCGGCCCCGACCGCCCGGGCCCGGCGCGACCACCCGUGGAGGUCAGCGCCGCGGGCGCGCGGGAGUACCUGGCCGCGCUGGUGGCCAUGGGCCGCCUGCGCGACUACGGCGACGCCCCGCCCUCGGGCCUGGUCACCUUCCUGCACAGCGCCCUCAGCUUCGGCCUCACCCUCGCCCUCCUGGGCUUCAUCUCGGUGCUGGGCCUCCGGGCCACGCAGCGCGCCGCGGGCGUCAACUCCUCGGCCGCCAUGGGCGAGGCGCUGGCGGAGACGUCGGUCAAGUCGUUCGAGGACGUCAAGGGCUGCGACGAGGCGCUGACGGAGCUGCAGGAGAUCGUGACCUACCUCAAGACCCCGGAGAAGUUCACGCGCCUGGGCGGGAAGCUGCCCAAGGGCGUGCUGCUGACGGGGCCGCCGGGGACGGGGAAGACCCUGCUGGCGCGGGCUGUGGCGGGGGAGGCCGGCGUCCCCUUCUUCUACAAGGCCGGCUCUGAGUUUGACGAGAUGUUUGUGGGGGUGGGGUCACGCCGGGUGCGGAAUCUGUUUGCAGCCGCCAAGGCCAAAUCGCCCUGCAUCGUCUUCAUCGACGAAGUGGACGCCGUCGGCGGCAAGCGGACCAACUGGGAGGCGUCUGGCGGGUCGCGCAAGACCCUGAACCAGCUGCUCACCGAGAUGGACGGGUUCGAGGAGAACUCCGGCGUGGUGGUCAUGGCCGCGACCAACCUGCCCGAGACGCUGGACCCCGCGCUCACGCGCCCCGGCCGUUUCGACCGCCAGGUGGCGGUGCCCCUGCCGGAUGUGCACGGUCGGCGCGCCAUCCUGGACCUCUACUUCAAGGGCAAGCCGCUGGCCGCUGACGUCGACAGCGACAGCCUGGCGCGCCGGACUCCAGGCUUCUCCGGCGCGCAGCUGAGCAAUUUGGUGAAUGAAGCGGCGCUGCUGGCCGCACGCACGGGGCGGGACUGCGUGGAUGCGGGCCUGCUGGACGAGGCGCGGGACAAGAUCCUGAUGGGCUCGCCCCGCGCGCUGAGCCAGACGCUGGAGGCGCGGCGGCUGACCGCCUACCACGAGAGCGGGCACGCGCUGGUGGCCCUCUUUACCCCGGGCGCCCGGCCCAUCCACAAGGCCACCAUCAUCCCGCGCGGCCACGCGCUGGGCAUGGUGAGCCAGCUCCCCGACCGCGACGAGUACUCCACCACCAAGCAGCAGCUGCUGGCCCAGAUCGACGUGUGCAUGGGGGGUAAGGCGGCGGAGGAGCUCAUCUUUGGCGAGGAGUUUGUGACCACGGGCGCCACCUCGGACCUGUCGGCCGCCACACGCACCGCGCGGCACAUGGUGGAGGACUGCGGCAUGAGCGCUCGCAUUGGGCCGCUGUCCCUCAGCGACAAGCUGGGCUCCGAGACGCGCAAGGUGGCCGACGCCGAGGUGUCCGACAUCCUCAAGGCCUCCUACGAGAGGGUGCGGGGCCUGCUGACCGCCCACCAGGCGGGGCUGCACGCCCUGGCAGCCAGCCUGCUGGAGCAGGAGACGCUGACGCAGAGCCAGAUCAAGGAGGUGACGGCAUGA